AUGGAUGGAGCUUGCCAGUAUGCACAAUACAAUCCCUGGUACUUCAUGAAAUCAGGAGAUCAGGAGGAGGAGGAUUCAUCCUCAUCCUCUGAGGAUGAGGCGGAGCCAACUCCCAUGAAGGUGCAGAAGUCCGAGGAGGAGGAGGAGGAUCCUGACCUCGAGCACGAGGAAGACCGAACCAGUCCCAUCACACUCGUUCCGUACACCCUCCGACGGCUCACGGGGCUGGAAGCCCAGAACCUGUAUGUGGGACCCCAGACCAUCAUGACGAACCCUAGUCUCCCCAGCAUCUUUGGAAAUGCUACCCUCUCCCCUCACCCUACCAAGGGAGGCUAUGCCGUCACUGACUUCCUCACCUACAACUGCCUCGCGAGUGACACCGACCUGUACAGUGACUGUUUGCGCACCUUCUGGACCUGUCCCCACUGCGGCCUGCACAUGCCACUCACUCCCCUGGAGCGCAUUGCCCACGAGAACACCUGCCCUGAGGCCCCCAAGGAUGGCACCCCAAGCAAGGACGGGGCUGAGGAUGCUGCCCCUGGUCCGCUGCAGCAGACAUCAGCCCUGCAGAAACCCUGGCACUGUGAGGUCUGCGGGCAGGACUUCCUGUUCACCCCACUGGGACGCUGCGCCCCGCAGGCGGUGUGA